GAAAGGAUGUGGCAGGAACUGAUGAAGACGAAGUUGAGGAACCUGCUGUGGAAGUGGAGAUCUCGCCACCUGAGGAUGAAGAGGAGGCUCCAGGUGUAGAAACAAGAGUCUUGAGUAGAGGAAGAAAAAGUGUUCCAUUUACCCUGACUCCAAAACGCAAGUCCAAAAGAAGAGGCAAACAGCAUGAGGAAGAGGAGAAUGUGGAGGAGGAGAGUGUUGCAGAAGAAAAUGUGGAUGAAGAAGCAACAACUGAGGAAGAGAAGGAAGCGGAGAAUAUGGAGGAGCCAGAGGAAAAAGAGGCAGCUGAGGAAGAUGAAGAAGAGGCUCCAGUAGUGGAAGCCAGAGUUCUGAGGAGAGGAAGGAAAUCUGCUUCUGCUCCUGCCACACCUAGACGCAAAUCCACACAUGCCACUAAAGAACCUGAAGAGGAGGAAUUGGCUGAAUCUGUUCGGGAAUCUGUGGAUAAAAAAGAGGAAGUAAAACCAGUGGAGGAGGAAAGGGCAGAGGAGAAAGCCACACUGAUGGAUGAAGAGGACAUGGUGGAGGAAGCUGCAACAGUGGAGAGUGUGGAGGAAGAAAGGGUGGCAGUGGAAGCCAUAACUGAGGAAGACGGAAAGGUAGAGGAAGAGAAGGAAGAGGAAGCUGAAGCUGCAACAGUGGAGGAGGAGAGUGUUGCAGAAGAAAAUGUGGAUGAAGAAGCAACAACUGAGGAAGAGGAAAAAGUGGAGGAAGAGAAGGAAGUGGAGAGAGUGGAACAGGGAAAUAUUGAGGAAGCUGCAGCUGAAACUAUUGGUGUGGAAGAAAAGAUGGAGGAGGAAGUAGCAACCACAGAGGAAAAAAAGGAAGAGGAAAGAGUUGAAGAGAAGAAAGUGGAAACAGUUAUUGAACUAGCUGUAGAAAAACAAGCUGAGGAAGUUUCUGUGGUAGAAGAGGCAGACACAGUGGAAGAGAAAGAGGAAGCAAAGCCAGUUGAGGAAGAGGAGAAGACUUCACCGCCCAAGGAGGAAGAGCAAGCUUCAGUAGAGGAGGAAGACGAUGCUCCAGUUGUAGAAACAAGAGUUUUGAGGAAAGGAAGAAAAAGUAUUCCAGCUACUCCAACUCCAAAACGCAAGUCCACUAGAAGAGACAAACAAGUGGAGAAAGACCCAACUCUGGAAGAAAAGGAACCAGUAGUGGAAACCAGAGCUCUGAGGAGAGGAGGAAGAUUUUCUGCUCCUGUCCCUGCCACACACGGACGCAAAUCCACACGAGCACGCAAACAACCUGAGGAGGAGAAGGAUGAGGAGAUGGAUGCAGACUUGGUAAAUGAGCAAAAGAUGGAGGAGGUGGUUGCACCUGUUCAGGAAACUGUGGAGGAAGAAUUGGAGGAAGAAAAAGCAGUGGACGAAGCAGAAGCUGAAACUGCACCAGUGGAAGAGGAGAGUGUUGCUGAACAAAAGGUGGUGGAGGGACAAACAACUCAGGAAGAGAAAACGGUGGAAGCUGAAACUGCUACUGUGGAAGAAAAGCUGGAAGAAAAAAUACCUGAAAAAGAGGAAAAGGUUGAAGAAGAGAAGGAAGCUGAAGCUAAAACUGCACCAGUAGAAGAGGAGAGUGUUGCAGAAGAAAAGGUGGAGGAAGAAGCAAAACCCACAGAGGAAGAAAAGGUGGAAAAAGCAACAACUGAGGAAGAGGAAAGAGUUGAGGAAGAUAAGAAAGAGGUGGAAGCAGAAGAGGAUAGAAAAACUAGCAGAUGUAGGUGA